UUGCGUCAGUCGAUUGCAGUCGAUGGACAACGUCUAAUUUUGUGUGUGUAGUUUUUUUAAUUUAAAAAAUCAUUUUUGACAUUCGAAAAUGUGGAUUUAUAUGUGAAAAUAGUGUUGAAUUAUUCUUCAUGAAAAAAAAACUUUUUUCUAAUUUUCACCAUUUUGGAUAAAGUUUAAUAAAAUUAAAUAUUUUUUUCUCUUUUUUGACAAAUUAAAAUCUCAUUUAGUAAAAAGUGAAUUUUUUCAAUUGAAAAUUCAAUUGAAUUUAAAAGAGAAAUCCGUUAUUUAUUUUUUCAAAGAACAUUUGUGGAACUUGAAUACACUUUCUCUUCAGAGAGAGAUUGUAACAUUGUGAUACAUUAUAUAGUUUGGAUUAAAGCCAAUCAUCGUCUGAGAAACUAUUUGCCAGCGUGAAAAAGACGCUUUCAUAGAGACUGUCGUUUGGCGAGUGAUGCUGUAUUAAAGAAGCAACCGGGGGAAAAGCAUCAUCCAAAAUGAUGACGGUGAUGUGUCCGAAUUGCCAGCACCGAUUCCCAGCUCCUGGAUGCUGUAAUCCAACAAUGAGACAAGAAGAGAGUAACAGACUGAUGGCGCCCCAAACAGCGGAGCGGAUGGAUUUUUACAGUGGCGGUGGUAUUCUGGUGCCUCGUGGUUUCACCAGCGAGAAUAGUUGCUUUAUCAAUGCCCCGACGAUCGUGCAUGGUCCAACGAUCAUUCAAACUGGUAAUCAAAAUUGCCUCACUGCACCGAGUUUCAGGGUGGGACAUGGCUAUCCCGUCAAUGACGAGCCUCCCAGUUCGCCCAGUUCGAUGGCGAAUCACGUGAAACUCUCCCAAAUGGGCUAUGACGAUCAGCAAGACGUGCCCGACCUCCUGCCACCGUCAGCCUGUCACAUAACCACGAAUUGCGACCACAAAGGCGGAAGUGUCACCAUCACAACGCCGAGAAAUCAUUCCGGUGGUUGUGUCAUCAAGUGCAUUGAUUCCGGUGUUCUGUUUCAAUCGCCCGUUCAAAUGAGGCCCCAUCUCACCGGCGGUGGUUUCGUUCUGCAAAAUCGUCUCUCUACCGAAUUCAUGGAGGAGACAGAGCCAAUAAUGAACGAGGAGGAACUUCGCAAUCUUCCAAGUCCAAAACUAGUCGAAAAUGAGUGCACCUUCCCGUGUAGAGAGUGCGGUUUGUCACCGCCGAGUGGCUGUCAAGAGUUGCCCGGCACUAGGCGCAUCAACGAAAAUCAAACUUCCAGAACGUCGAGUAGAUUCAAUUGUCAUUCGCAUUCGAAUAUAUCCGUACAGACGAAUAAUGUUGAGCGGGUGAAUCCCGAUCUUCAGAUCCAAGUGAAUGCGACCGUACAGCUUCCGUCGAAUCUCGGGCAGUGUACUGUCAACAUCACGGCCACUACGAAUACCGUGAGGAAUACCUACGGCUACUACAAUAUUAGAAAUCUGAAUAAUCUCAACGGCGGGGGACUCAUUGAGACAGAGCCACAUUCGCCGAUCGACGAUUCGUUCAUCGAGAGGAAUGACGAGAAUCCAAGUACACCGGUCUCGUGGCUAAUGCCCUGUCCAUGGACAUUUAAUACUCACAUGAUGGAGAAGGAUGUCAGUUAUCUUGGCGAGGUGAAGAAGCUCCUGCAGACGACCGGAUGGUAUCACGAGGGAAUGACUUGGCAGGAGAGUGAGAAACUCCUCAAGGAUUCGCCUGUUGGCAGUUGGUUGAUGAGAGACAGUUCUGACAGUAGAUAUUCGUUUGCGGUUUCCGUGCAGACAAAACGUGGACCCACGUCGGUGAGGGUGCACUUUCUUCAGGGACGUUUUCGUUUGGACGCCGAGCCAAGACUCGCUCUGGCAAUGCCACUCUUUCGAUGUCCGAUCAAAAUGAUCGAAUAUUAUGUCGACUACUCGACGAGGAUGGACGAUCAGAAGAAUCAAGUUUGGAUUGAUUACAGUGGCGAAAUAUACAGUCAUAUCUACAUGACAAAACCUUUCCUCAAGGAAGUCACGUCACUCUCACAUUUAGCGAGGCUCAAGGUCAAUGCUUACAAUUUACCGAAGAAUCAUCUCCCAGUUAUUAUUAGGAAAUAUCUCGCUGAAUAUCCAUACAGCAUUUGAAUUGCGAAAAAAUUAAUUUUGCUCCUGAUUCCUUUUUCUUUAAUUCUCUCUUUGAAUUCUCCCACGAGGCAAUUUCUCCUCUAGAGAAAAAUUCUUUCGUAGAAACUGAAAGGGAAUAAUUUAUUCCUUUUUCAGAAACUAAAAAAGAACAAAAAUUAAGAGGUGAAAAAAAUUUAUUAUUUCAAUCACGAACGUAGAAUUUUACGAAAUUUCCAAUCGUUUCUUUUUUUUAUUCUAUUGACUGAAUUCGAGAUUCUUGGGGGAUCAAUGAGCAAAAUUCUAUUUUUAAAAAAUCGUCCUUGGUACAAUAGAAAUUUAGUAUAUUUUUCUGAUAACCCACGUUCUCAGAUCUGCGAAUGCAAUUUCCUUCUUUUGCAAUAUUCAUUUUCGCGUGAGAGAGAGA